AUACGCCGAUCCUCAGGUCAAUCGAUAUUUACUUGUCUUUUUAGGUUAUGUAGCCAUUAAUAGUGUUUUUAUGUAUGUGCUUAAUAAUUGCUGUAGUAGGUAUUCUAUAUUGAUAACAUUACAUACAUAACUCGGUGAUGCUGAAGACGGACACACGAUGAACAACAACAGAGACACGUCCUUGGUGGCUCUCAUAGAAUCCAGCGAACGGCUCACCCACUUCUGCCGACCGGGCGAGAGAUCGGUCCGCUCCCCUUCGGACCCCUCAGGACCUCAGCAGCGUCAGCUGUUCUGUCGGACCCACUCCGUCUCCACUAGAUGUGUUCUGAAGCCGUGCCCCGAGACCCACCACUGCCAGUCGCAAGACGAUGACGUUGCUCCCGUCAAGUCGAAACGAUUAAAACUCUCGGACUGUUCCAGACGACAGGUGCUAGUCCUGUUGGUCUUAGCGUUAGGCAACUUCUUAAGUUUCUGCUCCAUGUCGAUAUUAGCUCCAUUCUUCCCUAAAGAGGCCCAUAGAAAAGGGAUGGAUCUUUCAGUGUCCGGGUUUGUGUUCAGUUUCUACGCUCUAGUCGUCUCCAUAACAGCUCCUGUUUUGGGUAAAAUGCUGCCAAAAGUUGGGGCCAAGCCAAUGUACAUUUGGGGUCUUAUACUUGCAGCAUGCAGCAACUUUAUUUUUGGGCUCCUGCCUCAAGUGAGGGACUACUCACUGUUCACAUUCAUGGCGUUCUUUGUUCGAGGCCUUGAGGCUUUAGGAGCAAGUGCUUUUUCCACUUCCAGCUUUGUCUUUGUUGUUGAAACCUUUCCUGACAAUAUCAGUACUAUUUUGGGAGUUAUGGAGACUGUCAUAGGACUGGGUAUGAGUGUUGGACCAGCUAUUGGUGGUGUUCUCUACUCUAUUGGAGGUUUUGGGUUGCCAUUCUACAUCUUGGGAGUGAUCAUGUUGGGAGUGGUGCCACUGGACAUAUGGGUUCUGCCAGCUGCCUCCGCCGAGACCAAGAAGAAUCCUACAGGGUCCCUGUGGAAACUGAUAAAGAUACCCGCAGUGUUUGUGGUGUGCUUGAUUAUCAUCAUCAGUUCCAAUGUCUGGUCAUUCCUGGACCCCGUCCUCGAGCCUCACUUGGAAACUUUUUCGCUGACAAGCAGGGAAGUGGGGUUUGUGUUCCUGCUGUUCUCAGCGGUGUACGCAGUGUUCAGCUUGUUCUGGGGGUGGCUGGCCGACCGACUCAACAACCACUGGAGUAUGAUGGCAGUGGGACUCACAGUGUCUACCGGUAGCCUCCUCGUGUUGGGACCUUCCAGGAUGAUCACCAAUCAGCCUAAUGCUUUGUGGGUGGACUUGGUUGCUUUGUGCGUGCUUGGCAUUUCUGUUGCUCUAACACUGAUGCCAACCUAUCAAGCUAUCCUGAACUUUGCAUUGGAGAACGGGCACAGACGGCAAGUUGCUACGUACAGUCUGGUGGCAGGGACUUGGUCCUGCAUGUAUUCGUUAGGGGAAAUGAUUGGCCCCACUGUUGGCGGAAUUGUCUUGGAGGCUUACGGGUUCCCAGUGCUGACAACAGGGAUGGCUUACUCCACCUUCCUCAUGAUGCUCAUCAGCCUUGUAUUCUUCAGCUGCCGUAAUAUUUGCUCGAACAGACGAGACGAUGAGGACUACAGCAUGAAGAGGCCACUGUUAGAGAACGGCUGUGUGUAUUACGGAGGCACUGACAACGACAAAUGUGUUCUGACCGUGGGAUUUAGUGCUCCAACCAGUUAUGCGUAGAUACAUCAAGUGAUAUAACUACAUGAAAAGACUGCAGAAAUAUUAUUCUUUGUACAUAACUGUAUAUCUAUAAUUGUUACCUAGAUUGUAAAACUCUUGUUGUUAUUUAAUUUUUAAUUUAGAUCUGAAGUUAGACAAGACAACAGUAUUCUUCAGUGUAAUAAAAGUGUUAAAUUAAA